CUAAGACUAAAGUCCCACUUGUACAUUUCCUCUCUAGCUGGGCAUCCCUCACUCCUACCUGAUGAUGAGCUACCAGUACAAGUUCCAAGAUGACGACCAGACUAAAGUCAAAGGCUCCGUCAAGACGGGCUGGUUCGGGACGGUGGUGGAAUACGGCGCCGAGAGGAAGAUCAGCCGUCACAGCGUGCUGUCAGCCUCCGUCAGCGUGGGCGUCCCUCAGGGCGUCACCCUGAAGAUCAAGUUGGCACGUGCCAGUCAGACAUACUUGUUCCCGCUGCACCUGACGGACCAGCUGCUGCCCAGCGCCGUCUUCUAUGCCACGGCGGCACCGCUGCUGGUCUACAUGGCCGUCCACAAGCUGCUCAUCAUCCCCUACACUCGAGCACAGAAAGAAGAAGAGCUGGAGCUGCAGAGGAAAAGCUCGGCCACAGACAUCGCCAAAAAGAAGCAGGAGGCGGAGUCUGCUGUGCUGCUGAUGCAGGAAUCUGUGAGGAGGAUCAUCGAGGCAGAAGAAUCCAAGAUGGGCCUGAUCAUCCUCAACGCCUGGUACGGCAGGUUUGUGUCCGACAGCGGGCAGAAGAAAGCCAGAGUGGUGGACGUGACCGUGCCCCUGCAGUGCCUGGUCAAGGACUCCAAGCUGAUCCUCACCGAGGCGUCCAAGGCGGGCUUGCCGGGCUUCUACGACCCUUGUGUGGGGGAGGACAAGAGCCUGAAGCUGCUCUACCAGUUCAGGGGAGCCAUGCACCAAGUCAUCGCCACAGACACUGAGCCGCUACGCAUACCCAAACAAUCUCACAGGAUUGGAGCAGAGUCUUAGAGGAAGGAAGUGGAGCCAGCCUGCCAGCAAGGAACUUUUCUACUGACUUUUGGAGCUUCCCCUGUCGAGGACAUCUUCAUCAUAGCAGCCUCCCCCACUCUCAUCUUCUACCUCCUCAACCAGGACAUGCUGGGAUCCUCACCCUCAUCCUCUCAUAGUUCUGAUGUGAUGUUGCACCUUCUGAAGGAGGAAAUGGUGGGAUCCUCAUCCUCAUCCUCUCAUAGUUCUGAUGCCAUGUUCUACCUUCUGAAGGAGAACAUGGUGGGAUCCUCAUCCUCUCAUAGUUCUGAUGCCAUGAUGUAUCUCAUGAAGGAGGACAUGCUGGGAUCCUCAUCCUCUCAUAGUUCUGCUGCCAUGUUCUACCUUCUGAAGGAGGACAUGGUGGAUCCUCAUCCUCUCAUAGUUCUGCUGCCAUGUUUUACCUUCUGAAGGACAUGGUGGGAUCCUCAUCCUCUCAUAGUUCUGAUGCCAUGUUGUAUCUUCUGAAGGAGGACAUGGUGGGAUCCUCAUCCUCAUCCUUUCAUAGUUCUGAUGCGAUGUUGUAUCCGUUGAAGGAGGACAUGGUGGGAUCCUCAUCCUCUCAUAGUUCUGCUGCCAUGUUGCACCUUCUGAAGGAGGACAUGGUGGGAUCCUCAUCCUCAUCCCUUCAUAGUUCUGAUGCGAUGUAUCUUCUGAAGGAGGACAUGGUGGGAUCCUCAUCCUCAUCCCUUCAUAGUUCUGAUGCGAUGUAUCUUCUGAAGGAGGACAUGGUGGGAUCCUCAUCCUCUCAUAGUUCUGAUGCGAUGUUUUACCUUCUGAAGGAGAACAUGGUGGGAUCCUCAUCCUCAUCCUUUCAUAGUUCUGAUGCCAUGUUGUAUCUCAUGAAGGAGGACAUGGUGGGAUCCUCAUCCUCUCAUAGUUCUGCUGCCAUGUUCUACCUUCUGAAGGAGGACAUGCUGGGAUCCUCACCCUCUCAUAGUUCUGCUGCCAUGUUUUACCUUCUGAAGGAGGACAUGGUGGGAUCCUCAUCUUUUCAUAGUUUUGAUGCGAUAUUGUAUCUUCUGAAGGAGGACAUGCUGGGAUCCUCACCCUCUCAUAGUUCUGCUGCCAUGUUUUACCUUCUGAAGGAGGACAUGGUGGGAUCCUCAUCCUUUCAUAGUUUUGAUGCGAUAUUGUAUCUUCUGAAGGAGGACAUGAUGGGAUCCUCAUCCUCAUCCUCUCAUAGUUCUGCUUCCAUGUUUUACCUUCUGAAGGAGGACAUGGUGGGAUCCUCAUCCUCUCAUAGUUCUGCUGCCAUGUUUUACCUUCUGAAGGAGGACAUGGUGGGAUCCUCAUCCUCAUCCUUUCAUAGUUCUGAUGCAAUGUUGUAUCUCAUGAAGGAGGACACACUGGGAUCCUCAUCCUCUCAUAGUUCUGAAGCCAUGUUGUAUCUCAUGAAGGAGGAAAUGGUGGGAGCCUCAUCCUCAUCCUCAUCCUCUCACAGUUCCAGCAACCAUGCAAGGAAAGGUGCUGUUUUACCUCAUCUUCUGGUGGACUUCAUCCUAUGUGUGGUCUUCAUAUAAAAUACGUGUCCUGAGUUUUCUGGGGUUCGACUUAACUGCCAUGGAACUGCAAUGUGGAGCCGUGGAAGGGAAGUGACAUCAUGGCCAUUUCCUGCUAUUGUUUUCAGGAAGUGCUUGGAACCUCCCAUCUAGAACGGUUUUUCCAAAGGUAAUAAUGGAUUGGAUUGAAUUAAACACUCCAAGCUGCA